AUAGAUAAUUCCCUAUUGAGCAUCGACUCAUCUGAACCAGCGAUCUGCGUGUAUGCCAACGAUAAUAAGGCUUGGAAACCAAAGAAGUACUACACUCAUUUCAUCAAAUUUUCAUUCACUUUGACGGCGACCUCGAUAGCAAUUCAGACGAAAUUGUAUCGCGAAAUAAUCGAUUUCGAAAAUCAUCUGGAUAACCCUGCGAACGAUUACUGGAAUUUAGCGAUUAGUGAUAAGAUCGAACAGCUUGUAGAUCAGUCUUGA